GGUGGUCCUGGAGGUUCCGGUUGCGGGUUCGGGAAUUUUGCAGAGAUUGGACCCCUCGAUGUUAAUCUGAAGCCUCGAAACAGCAGCUGGGUGCAGGUUGCCAGUCUGCUGUUUGUGGACAAUCCUGUGGGCACCGGAUAUAGCUACACGACAGAUAGCGGAGCGUUUGCCAGGGACGUGGACAUGGUCUCUAAAGACAUGCUGGUUCUUCUCAAAGAAUUCUUCCACUCAAAACCGGAUUUCCAGGCAAUCCCCUUCUACAUCUUCUCAGAGUCAUACGGAGGCAAGAUGGCGGCAGUGAUCUCCCUGGCACUACACGAGGUAAGAUCCCCGGCAUAG